UGUUGGAGGGGGGGAUCGGGCCCAGCUGUGGAGAGGGGGCGAUCGGGGCUAGCUGUGCCCGUGGGAGGGCAGGGGGAUCGUGCCCAGCUGUGGGGCGGCACACGCAGCCCCAUUUAAGCCCGCCCGCAGCCCCUCACAUGAUAGGAGUGUGACGGGUCCGGGCACGAGGGAACGGCGAUGGCGCUGAGCAGAGUCCGCCUGUUCCAGCCCCACGGGGAGGGCACCCGGCUGCUGCCCCAGGCAACCAGGCUGGUGGAGCUGCCCUACUCCUCCUUUGAUGGUGAUGAUGAUGAUGAUGAUGAUGACACGGCUCAGCAGGAUGCUGGGGUGUGGUACCCCGACCCCCCCAAACCGAGCCCCUUCAGCCGCUGCGUGCGCUACCUGGCCAUCCUCUGGAACCUCCUCUUCCUCCUGCUGGGGCUGCUGACCCUUGCUGUGGGGGUCUGGGGGCUGCUGGCCAAGAUCCCCCUUGCUGGGGGGGAGCGUGGGGCGCUCCUGGGCUCGGACCCCAUGCUGCUCUUCGUGCUGGUGGGGCUGGGGGCCAGCAGCGUGUCCCUGGCUGGCUGCCUGGGCGCCCUACGAGCCAGCCCCUGCCUGCUGCGCUUCUUCCUGGGCGCCGUGCUGGCUUUGGGGGGGCUGGAGCUGCUGGGGGGGCUCCUGCUGCUGCUGCUGCGGCGGCGGCUGCGGGACGCGCUGCGGGACCUGCUGCUGCUCUGCCUCCUGCGCUACCAGGAGGACCCCGACCUGCAGUUCCUGCUGGAUGAGGUGCAGAGGAACCUCCAGUGCUGCGGCCUCGAGUCCUACCGCGACUGGGAGAGCAACCCGUACUUCAACUGCAGCGCCCCGGGCGCGCGGGCGUGCGGCGUGCCGGCCUCCUGCUGCCGGGAGCCGCUGCGGCAGGGCGGAGCACUCCUGGCCCUGAGGGUGCUCAGGGAUAUCAUGGCUGCCCUGGGGAGCGGGGCCGGCGCCCUGCUGCUGCUGGAGGCCCUGGCAGCGCUCCUGGCCCUGAGGGUGCUCGGGGAUAUCAUGGCUGUGAGGGGGUGGCGGUGA